UUUUAAAUAAAUUAACUCUAUCAAUGGCGGACUAGAGUUACAAUUUAUGACAGAAUACAUUGUGAAAUUACCAAGAAAUUUAGUAAACUGGUAGGGAUUGAAGCACGUAUGAGCUAGUGUGGAUUUAGAGAAGGGAAAAACUGAUCUUUCCCGAAAUAUCACUGAAUACCACUAGAAUUAUUUCUCAACAAAUAUCUGAUACAUAAAAAGUGAUAACAAUCGCAGCCAAUUAUUCAAUAACAAAGGAGAGAUAAGAUUAUUCAACUGAAUCAUGGCUCUAAUAUACCUCGAUGAUAAUGAUCCCUGGAUUGCAAAGCAUGAUGCUUGUCAGAAACUGUUUCGAGAAAUUAUGGAAGAACUUACUCAGCGGGAAAGUAAACCAAAAACUUCAUCAGCUUUUGCAAGUCUUUCUGCCAACAUUCGAUUAAAAUUAAACCAAUAUUCAGACCAAACUUUAAAAUUGAAAAGGAAAGUUGACGAGGCCUUGAAAUUUAAAAUUAUUACAGUUGAUGAAGCUGAAAGAAGAACAAGACAAGUUGAACAGCUACAGAGUAAUAUAGUUAAGAUGAAACAGUUAUAUGAUCUUAAGAUGAACCCUGCAGCUAUUGAAAGACCAAGUUUGAUAAGAUCCAGUACAUCAGCUUUUGCCGAUGGUGGAACAGUAGGUUGGCAAGAUCAGGCUGAUGACGAUCCUCCUUUAGAUAUAACUGUCAGUGUGGUUGAUUUAAAGAAUCAAAAUGAAACAACUUUGGCAGAACAAGAACGAGGCCUAGAUGAGCUUUAUAAAGUAAUUACAAGACAAAAAACAAUUGCCCAGACCAUAAAUAAUGAAGUUGAUCAUCAAAAUGAAAUUAUUGAUGACUUAGCAGAUCAUAUGGAAAGAGUAGAUGAACGAUUAGUGAGUGGAACUCAACAAAUUCGAACAAUUGGCAGAAAAGAUCGAACUUGUGGCUACUGGAUUAUAAUAAUUCUAUUAUUUAUAAGUAUUAUGAUCGCAGCUCUUGUUUGAGCUUAUUUAUAAUAAUAGGUCAUCGAUAAUUAAUAAUAUUUUUAUGUUUUCUGGGCAUUUUUAAUAUUUUACCAUUAUGAGUUUAAGAUAUCAUUUAUUGUAUAUAAGACAACCAAUCUCAUAAUUAUUAAUAGAUAAUAAAAUAAAAAAUUUCUUAAUUAACAGGAAAAA